AUGAGUGACACCACUUUGCCAUUCGAACUAGUAAUUUGCAAAUCUGAAAUUGAUGAUGAGCAUGAAAAUGAAAACCCGGUGGUGGAUGAUGACAACCGUCAAGACUCCCUAGCCGAGCUGCCAAUUGAUAUCGAAGAAAUAAAAAUAGAGGAGCCAGAUUUUUCACCAAUUUCCAAAAAAAAGCCUCCCAAGCGUAAAGUAAAAGCAGAGUUGAAGUCUAAAAUACGUCGAAAAGUUUCCCGAAGGAAGCCGAAGGCCGAGAAUGAGCGACCUUACGCUUAUGACCCGUCGAUAAAGUAA